AUGUUCUCAGAUCCUCCCUGCGUUCUGUUUGACGAAAUCUUCUCAUCUGUACGCUUCAAAAUAANUGAGGCUGUACACCAAACAACCCAAGUUGGUUUAGGUCAAACAUUAUGUGUUGGUAUUGGAGGUGAUCCUUUUAAUGGUACAGACUUUAUUGACUGCUUAGAUGUAUUUCUUAAAGACCCAGAUACUAAAGGAAUUAUUCUUAUUGGAGAAAUUGGUGGUGUUGCAGAAGAACAAGCUGCAGAUUUUCUGAUAAAAAAUAAUUCAGGUCCUAAUGCAAAGCCUGUGGUGUCAUUUAUCGCCGGCUUAUCGGCCCCACCAGGCCGUCGUAUGGGUCACGCCGGUGCCAUUAUUUCUGGAGGAAAGGGAGGAGCACAAGAUAAGAUAAAUGCUCUUGAAAAGGCUGGAGUAAAGGUCACAAAGUCGCCAGCUCAGAUGGGUAGUGUACUUUUAAAAGAAAUGCGAGCACUUAAUCUUGCUUAAUAUAUAUUAAAGAAAAGUUUUAACGCUCGCAACCCAUAUACUUUUCUUUUUUUGUAUAUCUUGUAUUUUAUUGUUAUUAUAAAUUUACCUUUUAUCAGUUAUUGAUAAAGUAUAUAGUAAAACAUACCUAAAACUGUUGAAUGUUUAUUGAAUGUUUCUGACAGUAAUAAAAAUUCCACGUGCUAA